CAGGGCCUGCCCAGGGCUUGCCAGGCCUUGUUCCCUUUUGGGCCCUAGAGCCCUGCAGUGCUUCUGCGUGCUUCUGUGCUUGCGGCCAGCGGCCCUCGCCAGAAGAGAAGUGCAACCGCUCCGCACUGACCCCACCAGCCAACGGCCGCCGCCCAGUACCCCAGCACCCAGAAACUGUGAUCCCUGAGCUCGACCUUUCUUCCCGCCAACCAAAAACCCGCCCCAGAACUUUCGAGCUCUCCGUCACCCCCCCCCCCCCACCUUCCCACCUUCCCACCCUCCGACCAGACAUGAUAUACCACGCGACAGCUGCACAUAACAUUGUUGCCCACCAGUCCUGGACCUCCCCCUCCACCUCCACCUCCACCUGCUCCUUCCCCCGCGACCGCGACCACGACCACGACCAACACCUCGACUUUCCCCGAUAGCACCAAAACACCACAGCCACAAUUGGAAUUACGAAAGAGCCAGCCAGCCGCCUGUCCUGUGUGCCCUGAGUGGGAGCGAGCGAGCGAGCGAGAGAGUGCGCGAGAGAGAAAGAAAAAGAAACGCGACAAGAGAGCAGCAAGCAGUGUUUGCCCGCGCCAGAGGAGGGAGAGACGUCUCUCAGGGAGAAGGCAAGGAGCUGUGGGAGGAAACAACAGAGACGUCACCAACCACCGCCCACCUCCACGACCACCUCCACGACCACGAUCAGGUCACGGCCACGGCCCCCUCAAACCCAUAAUGUCUACUACUGCUGCUGCUGCUGCAAGAUCACGGCCAGCCGAUCUGUCGCUGCCGCUCGACGGAGGGGCAUGGCUAAAUCAACCACACCAGAAUCCUCCACCAACCCGCCUUUCCCUUUCCGAACAAGGUGAUCAGCACGACGAUCAGCAACAGCAACAACAACACCAACACCAACACCAACUUCUCCAACAGCAACAUCAUCAACAACAACAACAACAAUACCAGCAACACGCCCACCAGAAACCCGUCUCUCUCCACAACGAGCCUCGCGACCAGUCCUUCGUCUACUACAACCCAAACUCCAACUCGUCAGCCUCGGACCUGACCUCGCCCGUCACCCCGACCUUCUCCCACCACGGCGGCAGCCACCUGCGCUACGCCAGCUCCACCUCGUCCCUCGACCUCCAGGCUGCUGCCGCCGCCUCCUCCUCCUGCUGCUCCGACAGCCCCGUCUCGCCACCCCAGCCCCCCUCCCACAAUGCCGCCAACACGCCCAACCCCAAGAGGCUGCUGCUGCCAGACGUCGUCGAGGAGGAGCCCUUUGAGCGCGACGGUUACGCCGACGCCGACGCCGACUUUGGCUUCGACAUUGACGACGGCCAAUCCGCCAUGACCAUGCUCACUGACGACCAGAUGAGCAGCCUCUACGAGUGUUUGUGUGACUCGCCGUGUAUUCACCAAAACUCGGACAUGGUCCACAGCGCAGACUGGACCCGCCCUGUCGACAGUGACCUCGCCUGCUUCGAGUACGACAUGGGCUGCCUGAGCGACGGCGACCAGGACCCUUCGCUCCACCCCUCCAAGCGCAAUGGCGCAGAGUCGCCCCUCGCCGGCCUCACCAUGCGACUCGGCUCGCGCUUCCCUACCCUGAGCCGCUGGAGGUCCACAAAGCGCCGGCACAGGGCAUUUACCGCCGCCUCAGAGCCCUCCCUCGACCUGCCCCCGGCCUUGUCACGCGCCACCUCGACCAGCCGGUCCUCCUCCCUCUCAGCCCCCAGCCGCAAGUUCGAUCGCGCCAACGAGCCCCCUCUGCCGCCCACGCCCGCCCUGUCCUUCUACGAGUUCGAGAGCUCCGAGAGCAUCCCCGUCCCCUGUGCCUCCAGCAUCGACAUCGAGAGGGCCAACGCUCGCCAGAGCAUCGAGAGGGACCGCGCCCUUGCCACCACCCCUCUGCUGCCGCCCCUGAUGACCGAGGUCCCCUCCAUCAUCUCCUCCCAGGCCCAGUCCCAGGUGCCCUCUCCCCUCCAGUCGCCCACCAUUGCGCCCCAGCUGUGCUCCGAGAUGAACUCCCCCGUCGUCUACUCGACCCCGCCCCUGAGCACCAAGCCGUCCUUCUCCUCCUUCCGGCCUCCGCUCCUGACGAGCCUGUCCUCCCCCGUGGUCGCCACCAGCGACGUGGUCUGCACCAUCCCCCACCUGCUGGAACAGCACGACGCCUGGUCCGACCGGCUGGGCCAUGCCAACUACACCAUCCUGCCUCGCCCCUAUCACCCCGACGCCGCAGACUUCGACACCCUCCGCACUCUGCGCGCCGACUGGGACCUGGCCAGGAUCAACUACACAAAGCACAUCGUCCGCACCGGCGAGCACUACGGCACCACCUCCAAGGCCUACGCUCUCACCGAGGCCAAAUGGGCGGAGACCGAGCGCGAGUGGAAGACGGCGCACGACAGCCUGCUGGACCGCGUCGCCGCCAUGAACCCCGGCCACGAGGCACAGCUCCGGUGGGACCGCCUGCAGGACGACACCCCGACCGCCAUCCCCAAGAUGCUGGAUGCCGAGGGCAAGUUCCCUGACCUCGGCGACGAGGACAUUGUCGGCCCCAUGGUGCGCGACGCUGUCAUGGUGCGCGACCCGGGCUCCGAGGCAGAAAAUGGUGCCAAGAAAUUCUGGAAGAACCUGGCUGGCAAGGUUGGGUUGAGGAAGUAGGACUUUCUCCCGCUCCCACUCUCACCACCUGGCGACCAACAGCCAUCAACUUGACGACCUUCAUGACCGACACGAUCUUGCAUCCACCACAGCGAAAUUUUGAUUCUUACGCCCUACGUCUUGUCUCAUCACCGCCGUCUCGGAUAUCGACCACAACACCCGACACAUCUACCCCUGCAUGGAUUCGGGCAAAGGAGAACGAGUCUACUUGCCACGCGUAGUCGCUCUUCUCUCUUGGCCAGCCAAGCUAACAUGGCCACCAUGUCUUCCCCACCUAAUUCAUCAAUGUUUAUUUUCUAGAAUCUCAAUACCUACUGUUCAAUACGCGCAGCUACAUCUCUGUCUACCGGGGAGUGGCCUUCCACCAAGCAUGGCUAUGUACAUAAUGUGCGAUUGGUGCUGUCCCUACCUAGUCCUGGCCGUCAAGGAAGGGGAUUCCUGCCUGAGCCACUGCUUAUGGAAAUGGCGCCAGCGUGAGGAGUGGGUGCUAAUGCCUAUGGACCUUUUCGGGGCAUACCAGGACCUGGUGACAGAGUGGCGGUCUGGUUUCAACAGAUACAGACGGACUCGGGCCGGGCCCGAGCUGACAACAGAACUGGGCGCCCCCGUGGCGCCGGGCACAGGCAGCAAAGAGAGACAUUCCUUCCCACAAGUGUUGUUUUCGGUUUCCCUUGUUGUCACGGCAUGUCCCGGCUAGUUGGUGAACGCACACGCGUCCCACUCACUACCCGUAUAUAUAUACAUACAUACACACCAGGAGUCACGGUGAAGAGAGGGGCAACGGCAGCUUCCUACUAGUACGUUGUACAUCACAUGUACGCAGCAGUUUCUUUUAUUGUCGGGCGUGGAGUACGGCACGAACGGUCCAUGGGAUAGACGGUGUGGCGGGUACACAAAAAGUUCCACGGGAGGAACAUGUAAUGAAAAGACGGGGGCCAUGGCGCACAAGGAAUGGGGUCGAGUUGUCAGACGGCGGGGGGAAGGGCUCUCCCCGACCGACCCGGUACAGCACUGCAUGAAAACGGAUGGAAGGUGUGUGUGAUAUUACUUGGGCCCAAAGCAGGACGAUGCCUCGUGGUGCGGAACCCAAAGGUGUCUCUUGCGAUGCACAUAUUCUGAUCUGUAAAUGAACCACCAAUCAAGAUGCCAAAUUCAUGAUGGGUACUCACUACUGGCUGCUCCCAGUAACUAGACUGCAUGUACCAGCCCUGGGGCAUUGAAGAUGGGCGUGAGAUAUACCUAAGACAGGGGAUAUGUGGAGGGACACUGGCAUUGAUAGUGCUGCUGCUGUCCUGGGCCGCGGGUCACGCACCACCUGUGGCUUCCCUUCCAUCCGUGGCACUGGACGCUGGACAGGCGUCUUUCGUCGGUGGUCACCGCCGUUCAGUCAUUCAUUCAUCCGUGGGUUGUCGUUGGGUUGGGCUGCAAUGCGCCCCAUGCUGCUGAGACAAGACAGGCACCGCGUGGCCUAGGUGUUGAGGGUCACGCACACACGCACGCACACGCACGCAGCCAGCCAGCCAGCCAGCCAGCCAGCCAGCGACUGGCCUGCUGGCUGGUAGGAUCACACACCAAGAUUGCGCACGACUGGACUGGGGACUCAAAGGGGGCUUGGCUUGGAGGGAAAACCCCAGAGGGGCAGGAAGAGACGAGGGCGUCCCCCAUUGCCUUGCCUCUCGGACUCGUAUGUGUCCUUUUUAGUAGCCACUGGCAGCCAACGGGCGGGUGUGGCGGGCAGUAGUAAUAGUAGUAGUAGUAGUGGGCUUGCAGGAUGACUUGAGGGGCGGACCCAAAGCCAAAAGAGAGAAAAGGGAAUGGGAGAAAUGGGAGGGUGGGAAAGGGAAAGGCUGCAGAGGACCGGCCCGUACCUACCUAGGUACCUAGGUAAGCGGUGGUGGGUGCGCUAGGUGGGAUGUCUGUUGUUGAAACACGUGGCGCGCGCCUGGGGCUUGGGCAUCUUGCAUCUUUGGGCGUGCGUGCGUGUGGGCGUGCGUGGGGGUUAUUACUAGGUAGACUAACAGAUAGAAGGCAGAGAUGAGAGGAGGUGCGUAGUAUUGGGAUUUUCCUUGCUGCGGGCUCAAUAUGAGAUUACGAUCGUAUGUCUGUCUGUCUUCCUAGGUAGAUAGGUAGGUAGGUAUACACUAUUCACCUGGGCUGGUAGCAAGGUAGGCGAAGUCAGGCUGACAGGAGAACGCAAGUCACGGUGGUGGUGGUGGUCGGCGGGUACCGGCAGGUAGGUCGAAAAGCCCACUGGUCGGCCACUCCGCCCCCGUUGGCUUUUGUCUUGGGGUGGCAGGGUGGGUGGUGAGCGUGACGGACAGGUGGAUCAGUCAAUCUCCAGAUGGCGUUUUCUUUUGUUCACGCAGUAACUAACAACAUGCAGAUAUUAGUAGAUAGAUAUAUUGUCAUCACAGUGGCUGCCCAAUCGCUUCUUCGUGUAUCAAGAAUGCCCGAGUUGGGCAAAUGGGACUGUCGAGGGAAGGUAUAUCCCCCAGCCGGGACAUGUUCUAAAGUUGGAAACACGGCGGCGUUCCCUAUGAUAGUCAGCCAGGCAGCCAGUCAGCCAGGCAGCCAGUCAGCCGGACAGCAUCGAAG